AUGUCCGAAAACCCUCACGAGCCCGUCCCCACCCACCCCAUCGCGCCCAGGCUCAAGAAUGGCCUCAAACAGCCGCACAUUGGACCUGACAUCCACGCAUACAGGGCAUUCCACGAGCAAACACUCGGCCAUGAGAGCGACAAGUGGUGGGCGAAGAUGGCGCGAGAGACGAUCUCCUGGGACCGCCCGUUCCACACCGUGCGGGCAGGUGGAUUCGAGACGGGCGACAUUGUCUGGUUCCCCGAGGGUGGAUUGAACGCGUCAUACAAUUGCGUCGAUCGGUGGGCGUUCAAGCAUCCAGACAAGACUGCGAUCAUUUACGAGGCGGAUGAGCCCGGUGAGGGCUACGAGGUCUCAUAUGCCCAGCUGCUCCGCGAGGUGUGCGGGAUUGCGAAUGUGCUCAAGUCGCUCGGCGUCAAGAAAGGCGAUACCGUGUCAGUGUACCUGCCGAUGACAUGGCACGCCGUCGCGGCGUUCCUCGCCUGCGCGCGCAUCGGAGCUGUCCACUCCGUGGUGUUCGCGGGUUUCUCCGCGGAGUCGCUCCGUGAUCGUGUGCAAGACUGCAAGUCGCGCGUCUUGAUUACCUCCGACGAGGGUCGGCGUGGUGGGAAGGCGAUCGCAACGAAAGUCAUCGCAGACGCCGCUGUCAAGGAGUGUCCGGACGUCGAGCACGUACUCGUGCUGAAACGCACGGGUAAUGAUGUACCCUUUACGCCUGGCCGAGACAAAUGGUGGCAUGAGGAGAUCGCAAAGGUGCCGAGCUACUGCCCGCCUGAGGUGAUGUCGUCAGAAGACCCCUUAUUCAUCCUCUACACUUCUGGCUCUACCGGCAGGCCGAAGGGUGUUGUCCAUACCACCGCUGGAUACCUACUCGGUGCUGCUUUGACGGUGAAGUACAUCUUCGAUGUACAUCCCGAUGACAGGUUCGCUUGCAUGGCAGAUAUUGGCUGGAUUACGGGACACACAUACAUCGUUUACGGCCCCCUGAUGAACGGCGUGUCCACGAUGGUGUUUGAAUCGACGCCCGUCUACCCGACCCCAUCCCGCUAUUGGCAGACGGUCGACAAGUUCAAGGUCACGCAGUUUUACUCCGCCCCAACUGCCAUCCGUCUCCUGCGCCGUCUCGGUGACCACCACGUGAAGGAUCAUGAUCUUAGCACUCUGCGCGUUCUUGGUAGUGUCGGCGAACCGAUUAAUCCGGAAGCGUGGCAUUGGUAUAAUGAUCACGUUGGGCGCAAGCAGUGUGCCAUUGUCGACACCUUCUGGCAAACGGAAACAGGCUCCAUCGUGGUGACCCCCUUCCCCGGUGCGAUCGAGACGAAGCCAGGCGCGGCAACGGUGCCUUUCUUCGGAAUCGAGCCUGCAAUCUUGGACCCGGUCACGGGUAAGGAGAUUGAAGGUCCGAAUGUUGAGGGGGUCCUCGUGCUCAAGACCCCUUGGCCGUCCAUCGCGCGCACGGUGUACCAAGAUCACAAGAGAUAUCUGGAGACGUAUAUGAAGCCGUACCCCGGUGUCUUCUACACUGGUGAUGGUGCUGCGCGCGACGAGCACGGGUACAUCUGGAUUAAGGGGCGCGUUGAUGAUGUCAUCAACGUCUCCGGUCACCGGUUGUCGACCGCAGAGAUCGAGUCUGCGCUUAUCACGCACGCUGGCGUUGCAGAGACCGCCGUCGUGGGCACAGCAGAUGAGUUGACAGGCCAGGCCGUCUACUCUUUCGUGACCCUGAAGCCGGAAUUCACCUUCGAUCCGAAUGAGGAGGCCGCUCUCGUCAAGGAGCUCACGCUGCAAGUGCGCAAGGUCAUUGGUCCUUUUGCAGCGCCGAAGAAGGUGUACAUCGUACCUGAUCUGCCGAAGACGAGGUCCGGCAAGAUCAUGCGACGCAUCAUGCGCAAAAUUGUAGCGGGAGAGGCGGAUCAGCUGGGCGACCUGAGCACGCUCGCGGACCCGAGCAUCGUGGACGUCAUCAAAGCGAAGGUGGCGUCUGCGUGA